ACAUCUUUUACUUGUAUAUGUGUUCAUCUAAUAAUUCUAAACAGAAUAAUACUAUUAUUUCGUUGAGAUGCCUAGUGUGUAGGUAUCAAUAAGAAAAUUUCAAUAAGAAAGAAAGCCGACAUUACUAAGGAUUACAGUUCCAAUUUAAUGGAUUUGGAUCACAGAAUCAUAUGACAUACAUUACAGAUCACGGAUAGUACUUUAUACAUGUGUUCCUGAUUUACAGAGGCGCUAGAUCUACCUGUCCAUCGGACGAUUUAAGAAUUUUAAUGUCCGACUCGGACACAAUUCACUGACAGUGUUGUGACUCAAAUAACCAAAUUUCUUUAAACAUGAUAUUACAAAGAAUAUGCUAUCUAUAGGAUUUACAAUGGAUAUUUUAUACUUGUCCCCUCUAAUGUGCAUAGUACAAUUUGCGGCGUGUUUUGUCGAGCUACCUUUACCAGGAUUACAACCUACUUUAAUUUUCCAAUCGUUUCUCUCAAUCAACCUUCCCACACUUCAUCAGUGUCUACAGCUUUGUGUUGUUUACAAAUUAUGCCGAAAUCUCUCCUUUAGAGAAAUGUGAAUGUGUGUUAAACUCUGACGACUUCGACCGCCAAUACCCUUGGGUGUCAGGUUACCGUGGUACAGUGAUCAAUAAACAAGACAUUCCACAGGGUAUCGGAGGAGCUUGUAGUGGACACACCUGUGCUAUCGAUGAGAUGUGCAUGUCAACUGGCAUGGGGUAUAUCUGUGCAAAACACGGAUAUCCAACCAUGAGGUGUCCUGUAUCGUGGGGGCAUUUAAGCGAUACAUGCUUCACCGUUAACACAGGAAAGAAAACAUGGACGGAAGCCAAGAAUUACUGCGCCAGUACUGGAGCUGAAUUGCUGACAUUUGAUUCAGGACAAGAGCAGUCUACCCAUAUAGGCUGGAUCCGUUUCCAGAUUGAAAAUAAACCCAGAAUUCAAAACACCACAGGAAAAAUUUGGACGGGGCUGUCUUAUUCGUUACCAAUGCCGUCGUGGAUGAAGUUGAACCCUCCAGAAAGUGGUGGAUCUACCCUGUGUAUUGGCAUGCUUUAUAACGCAACUAGGGGAGUUGGGUACUGGGAAGGAACACUGGAAGCUGUCAGCUGCAAUGAAAAAAAUGUCUUCGCUUGUCAACAUAGAAAUCCGGAUCACUGGCCUUAAGUGUCUAGAGCUGUCCAGCACCAUUAUCCCAAAGACUAUGUUCCGAGAUCACGUGGUUACAGCAGCUGGACGAGGAGGAUUACCUGCUUUGGUGUACACAAAUGUUUGAUUUUUACGAAAAAAUUUAAAAGAUAUUGACGAGUAACUAGUUUCCUCUACCUCCAUCAGAAGACAUUCGGUUAUACACGUAUCAACAGUGAACUUAUACCGUUAAUAUUCUGCAGUUUCAUUUAACGCAUUGCGUUCACGUCAAUACCAUUCUAAUUAUAUUCAGUAUAGUAUGAAUGUAUUGCUAUUGUAGUCGAUUAAUAAUCAGUGAUAUAUGCUAUUGUGGUUGAUUAUGAAUGUUGGUAGAUGUAUAUUCUUGUUCAAAUACUCGAUGUGCAUGUCACUGAUUUUAUCUAGUUCUGGAAACCAAAUAUAAGCUGUAUAUAGGAAAUACACGUUUUUUGUUUUUUUUUAUUAAUUUUUUAAUCAUUGUUAAAACAUUUAGACAACUUGUUUUUGACUUUGACCAAAUUUCAUCAUGUCCAUAAUAAUGAUUUUAACAUGAGGUAAAUACAUGCUCAUAGUCAUCUGAGGUCAUUUUUUGUCAAUAUAACCGUACGUCGACCGAAAUUAAAAUGUCUUAUUCUUCAUUUUGCGAAGAAGAUGGAAGUGGAAUAUAAAUGAUCAUACACACAAUUUCUCCUUUUCUAAAUGUGAUAUUUUUUCAAAACCGAAUUGAUGACUGAACACGACAUCUAUCUAAUAAUCAAUGAAAAUAAUGUAUUUGUAUAUGCACAGUGUUUAAUUAUUUAAAUAAUGCCGUUGAUAUGUCAUCAUCCAUUUAAGUGUGUUGCUCAGUUAGUUAAUAUUGUCCGAACAACUUCUACCUUUUUCAUCAAUUUCUUCACGAAAAUCCGCUGAUAUAGUCAGUAAUCAUUGAAGUUAUGUAUCUGCACAAAAAUCAAAAAAAUAUGCCAUGGCAGUUAUUUAUGUGUCUUUAUGUGUAGGUAGCUACAGUUAUAUCACGUCGUAAACAUACUUAUAUAGUACAUAUAUAUACAUAUAGGUUCAUCCAUACUGACUUUGUGCAUUUGUGGUAAGAUUAUGUCAUGUAUACUAAUUAUAACAGACUUCGUUUUAGGUAGUGGACACAUUGAGUCGCAAGUAUCUUCUUCCAAGUGGUCGAUAUUAUCGAUGUACAUUAUUUACACUAUCCAAAAUUAAAGCAUCACAUACAAUACCACAUUGAGAUUAAUGAAAGAAGUUUAUAGGUAUAAGAUGUCUAGACAAAAGGUGUGUUAUGAUUGGUAUAAAACACGUGACCUACAUGCAGUACAUACCAAUACAAUACCAUAUAUUUAAAACAAGUAUCAAAAUAAGACUUGAAUGUUUUGUUGAUAAAGAUAAUGAGAUGGGUAUACAAUAAUAAAAUAAUACUUGUGUACCAUUAAAACUUCCAGACUGUGAUAAUAUCAUGUUAUAAAAUUUGACAUAUGCUUCUACCUGGUAGGUUUUGGCACUACACAGACUUGUCUGGUAACCCUUUUAUAAAGUGUUUGGCUAUAAAAUAAAAUGAAUUUCCGAAUUCCUUUGUUUUGUGUUUGGUAAUUACAGAUUUGAUUCCAGUAGACGCCCUCCUCUAUCCGUCAUGAAUAUCAGAAAUUAAUACAUUACUGUCCAGGUAAUUUGUAUACAGUUUGUUGAUAACUGCAUACAUUGAAACACAUUCAUUAAAAUAAUGUUUUUACUAAAAGGAAGCUUUGUGAAUAGUUAUUUACUAGGUACAGAGUAGUCUGCUUCUAAGAUUAUACAUAACGCUCUUUUUGUAACCUUUCUAUUGUUUAAACAUAUAUUACAGGGCUGUGUCCUAAAUAAUAUAUUUAUUUUAAAGUUGACGUUGUUAAUGACAUCGUGUACAUCUUUGUCCACGUAGGAGUACCAUCGGUACACAACAAGUAGUUUUUGUAUGUCUAACAUGUUCCGAUUUCAAAUUGUCGGAUUCAAUAGAUAAUUUACUGCAUUCUCUGCAUUCAAUUUUGUUGCUUUUCGCAUUUUUUUUUUACUUAAACAAUAUAAGAGUGAAGGCAUGAUUUUGUAACAUCAAUACAGUACGAAGAUACUGGCAUUGUUGUGUCGUCAGCGUAUAUGUACAGAUUAUAUUUGUGUGGUUCAGUGCAAUAAAAUAUAUGAAGUCACAAUGAAGAUUUUGUAUAUAUUAAGAUAGUCAUUAAUGAUUAAUGUGUAAUUUCUGAGUGUAUAUAUAUUUCUCUGGUUAUAAUCAAGCAUUUUUCUCAUACUUAACCAAGGGUGGUUGGGGGGAUCACAACGACUCCGCAUGAUUAACGUAAAUCUCACCUCGAAUGAAUUUCCAGGUUAACAGUAUAGCUUAGCUUUGUUGUUUAAUCUAAACUAAACUAAGAAGGAAGGUUUAUAUUUUUUUUUCUCCAUUGCAUUGUAUGUAUACAAAUAUUUCCUAUUUUUUUCGACAAAGAUAUUGGGAAAUUUAGAUGCAUUCCAUUACAUGUGUUGAGGUUGGUUGAUAAGUUCAUUAAAUAUAUAUAAAAAAAAACACCAGAAAGUCGGCCGUAAGAAUAAACCCGUUUAGAAGACCUUGUUAUAUUUGUAAUGUGACGAAUACAUUAAAU